CAGUUGGAUAUUUUGAUGUUAAAUUUACAGGCAGAGAAGGGACAGAUAGAGAUGCAGAAAGCACUAGAGAGCACAAAGCAAGCUUUAGAAGCUCGUAUUGAUGAACUGCUUGCUGAGAAAGAAGGAGCAAUAACUGCUGUAAAAACACAGUUUGUUGAGUCUUCGAAACAGAGUGGCAAAGAUAAGGCUGCCUAUGAUGCAUUAGUAAUGGAGAAAGUUACUCUAGAGAAGAAGGUGAACACACUAUCACAGGAAGUUACUGACUUACAGAGACAGGCUUACAGUGUUUCUGACCUACAGAGAGAAGUUGAAAAAUUAAAGAGGGAUAAUUUAGAACUGUGUGAACACAUCCAGGAAAGAUCAUCUGACAUUUCACCUCAACAAGUGCCAGAACAUGCUCAGAGAGCAAUAAAUGAGCUGACACGAGAAAAGUCGGAACUGGAAGAAAGACUUGUUGAUAUACAGAAUAAGUUUGAAGAAGUGGAAGACAUGGCCAAGAAAUACUCACACCUUCAGUUUGACUAUGGUCAGAUGACCAUUGGUCAGUCUGUGGUAGAAGAAACAUUGAUGGAAACUCAGGAUAAACUGGCUGAUACUGAAGCUAAGAUGAUGCAGUGUGAGAGAGAGCUGAAGGAUGCUCAGAGAUACAAGGACAAAUAUAAACUACUACAGAAAAAGUAUGAGGAUGUAUGCAAGGAGCGAGACAAGGUAUCACAUCUUGCGAAGUCCUUAAAGGAACAGUUGAAUAAGGCCAGUACAGCACAGAAAGAGGAACAUGAGGAUAAGGGUAGAUUUACAUCAGUUCUUGAUGAGAAGAAACAGUUGGAGGCACAGUUACAGAAAAUCAGUGACAAGCUUCUGGAAGCAACAACAAACUUUUCAGUGAGUCAGUCUCAACAUAUCCGGGAGCUACAACAGUGGAAGGAGCAGUCUAGUAACAUGGUAGAUCUACAGAAAUAUACCAAGUUACAGAUUGACCUUGUAGACAACCAGAGGUCACUCAGAGAUCUACAGGAACUACUGAAAAAUAAGGAAGAAACCUCAACUAAAGUGUUUAAAGAGACAAGUGAAAAGCACCAUGAGGAAGUGAAGAGCUUAGAAGGACAGAAGGAAUCACUGAUGAGAAAACUAACGACACUACAGCAGAUACUUGAUGGUCAGAUAGACAAGUUUAAGCAGCAGUAUGAGGCAAGUGAGAAGAGGAAUGCUCUGGUAGUGGACCUAUACAAGGAGAAUGCUGACCUCAUUGACGAACUGUCUCGGGUGGAGGAACAGAAGAAAGAUGCUGUGUCUCGCUGCUACAGACUUGAGGACCAGUGUAAUAAUCUACGCAGAAUGCUCAAGAGAAUGGCAAAAGUAGCAAUAACUUGAUCAAGACUAUAAAUUUCGUGGCAAAUGCUACCUUUGUAUGUGUUCAAAGUGUUUAUGAUUGCACUUCAACAGGGGAAUAUAAUAGAUGGUUAUUAGUUUUAUUCUAAUGUUUGCCUAAGUAGGUGAGAAGUCGCUUUACACGAAAUCUUAGUGCAAGACGAUGAUGAGCACACAAUGCUUGCGAUUUCUGAAUACUUUGCAGUGUUUUAAGCAUUUUGUAGUAACACUAGAUUAUAGAGUAUUAGAAAUCAAAUCCAUUAUAUCUGUUGACCACAUCCAGAUGCCUACUAAUGUAAAACAUGUUUGGUAAGAUCUUGUUAAAUACUUAUUGGCAGCUGAGGAUGAAAAACAAUGAAGCUUUAGCUUUAAUUAUGAGGUUUUCAAGUUGAAGGAAACUAGAUAUCAAAAGUUCAGUGGUUUGUAGUGUCACUUUUGAUAUUCAUAUUUACGUAGUCAUUACAAACAUGGACAACUGUCGAUAGUGCAGCCAUAUUAUUUCAGGGAUGUGAUAAAUAUACCCAUUUUUACCUAAAUUUGAGGAUGAAAAAUUACAUAUUUACACUCUUGUAUAUACAUGUACCAUCUGUUUAUAUUGUAUAUACCAUGUGUUUUCAUAUCUUGUGUAGGGAAAUCUUCUUAAUUUAUUUACAGUUGUCUGUGAUACUUGUACACCUGAAAUGCAAAAAAAAAAAAAU